CAAGUUUCAAAAAUGCGCUAAAAAUAAUGCUUGGAUUUACUAAGUUUCAAGAAAGGUUGAUAAAACUUAUGAAGGUCAGACCUAAUCUAUAAAUGUCUUACGUUUUGACUAGGAAUUCAAUCAUUGGAUGUCGUCAAAUAUCGAGAUAAGAGUUUUUCAAAACUGCAAUGUCAUGAAUACUGUGCUCUUUCACAUUUACCUUCCUAUGACUAAACUCAUCAUUGCUUCACAAAAAAUUAACGGUUUUUUAAAUUUUAAACUAAGUUUUGUUUUUUUUAAACAUUAACAUUCUCAAAUCUUAAAACCAAAACUCAUUCCAAAAACAGAAAUCAAACAGUUUAGAAGUGUUUAAGUGAUUAAUGCUUAGAGGAGGUUUAAGAAUGGUUAAAAGACAUUUUGUGAAAAAUUGGGACGAGUUCGAAAAGCUAGUCGUUGAUUUGGAAAAAGAGAAACUUCCGAUUAAUGUUUUAUUCACCGGUGACAAGAAUGAGGAAGGUGAAUCGUGGUGUCCUUAUUGUAAUCGUGCUAAGCCAGUUGUAGAAAAGGUAGUAGAAGAAUCAGCACCUGAAGAUUCUCAUUUUGUAGUAUGCGAAAUUGAAAAACCAUUCUGGAGGAACCAGGAAAAUCCAUUCCGAAAAGAUACACGAACACAUUUGGUUUUCCUUCCGACAUUGAUGCGCUGGAAGUCUGCACAGCGAUUGGAUGGAGCACAAGCUGCAAAUGCUGAUCUUGUAUCGAUGCUUUUUGAAGAUGAAGAUUAACUUGUCAUUCUUUUUAAUUUAGAUCAAAUUACAUUAUUUUAUUAUUUAGCUUAUUUGUGAAUCAUGCAUAAUUCAUAUAAACAAUAAAACACAUUUUUAAGUAGACAAAAGAAAACAAUA